GAUGUUGAUAUUUUCAUUACCGCAAAGAACAUUAACAAAGCGAAAGAUAAUUAGAGCAACCGAACUGGGAGAAGCGAAGUUUUAUUAAACUUUUAAAUACUUACUGAAAACGAUGUCAAGCCAGUUUCUAUCAAAAGUUUCUUUCGUUAGUAAACUCAGUGUCUUGAUGAAAGCAACCUCUGAUGAUGAUACACCUAUACCUGGCUAUAUCUACAAUGAAGUGUCCAAAAUCAGUUUGGAAUCUGAAGAGAACUGUGAAACCCUGGUGGACUUCCUAGUUGAAAGACUGGAAAAGGACUCAACACAUGUCAAAAUCAAGGUUUUAAAACUGAUGAAGUAUGUAGUAGAGAAUGGUCAUCCUAAUUUUAGACUGGGACUGCUGAAGAAAUCUACAGGAAUCAAAGAGGCUACAAAGCACAGCGGCCCACCAGAUCCUUUACAUGGCAGUGUACCCUAUCAGAUGGUAAGAAAGACUGCUCAGAGUUUGUCGGAGAUGUUGUUUAACAUGGAUACUGCAAAUACAGGAUCUAGACAAGAGAAGCCCCAGAUAAGUUCUUAUGGUAUUGGAUCAGGAAGUCAGAUGAGUAAACAGUCCAGAAUGGAAGGAUUUGGUAACACACCAUCUACACGAGAUAAAACUUUAGGAGAAAGUAUAAAAGAUGGUAUAUUUGGUUUGGUUGAACACCUAGGGGAGACAACUGAUGACCAGCAGAGGGAGCUCCUGUCAGCAAUAGGAACCAAUACAGGAUAUGUUCCCCCUAGAGACAACAUGUCACAUGAUGUAUCACAUGACAUGCCUGCAUACAGCCAGGUACCAGCAACUACUGAUGUACCUCGGAAACAAGCAUUGCCACCAAAACAUAUUCCUGGUAAAGCUGGAGGUGGCUGGGAUGACAGUGAUGAUGAUGAUGUCACAGAUGAUGUCACUGAUGAUGUCAUAGAUGAAGUUAACAAUGGGAAGCAGACGACUAAAUCCGAUACUUCAAGCAGUGCUGGAAAUUUUGAAAGCAGGUUGGACAGCAGUGGUUUACUAGAAUUCACAGCAGAACAGAAUCUUGUAUCCAGCUAUAUUGACAAUGCAGACAAUGGUUCCUCUAUUCUAUUAAAGAGAGCCCAUUUAAAGUCUUUUCUGAAGGAAUGUAGCAAUCUGAACUGUGAUAAAGUCGUAGAGGUCCUCAAUAUCCAACUGUCAUCAUCAUCUGACCAGGCUGUCAUGAGGUCAUUGAUGUUGAUAGAGACAUUGUUGAACUCUGACCUUGUUAAUCUGGACAGACUGACAAGUGUAUGUAAAGAUGGUCUUGUUGCUGUGGUAACAGGUAGAAAUGGACAGAUAAAAUCUAAAUCUAAAAAGUUGAUACGUAUCCUGGAAAAGUUGAGCAGUCACCACAGCAUUUUCAUAGACAAUCCACAGAUUGUUGAUGUGAACAGCUGACAGUAACAUAGAUAUAUACAAUGUCUGUGAUAUAUACAGUUUUGCCAGGUGGCCUGCUUUGUCAGUGAUACUUUCUCUACUGUAUAAAAAGGAUAUGUGCAAUCAGAUGUGCAAUCAGAUAAAUGUGAAAAUGUGAAAAAAAGAAGGGAUUAUGAAAGAAGGAAAUAAAUUAUUUUUGUUAGUUUAAA